GCUGACUGGGUCCUUGGCGAGAGAGGAGCGAGCGUGUCCCCAGAUUCAAAAAUGGCUCCCUGUGUGUGUGAAAUGGUUCCAUGUUCUCAGUACCACUUGAGAGAAACUCACACUGCAGGGCCAACUGUGAUGCCAAGGGGCUGCUGCUUAGUGAUAUGGUCACAUCCUGCAGAUGACACCACCAAGAGCUACACACUGUAAGAUUCUUCAUCCCAAUUCCUUGUCUGGAAGAGGACCUCUUGCUACAUGGACAUCUUGGUGGAGCUGUAUGCAGUUAGGCAGUGGGCAUCAUGUGAUGGUAGAUGUUAUUCGUGGAAGUCAUGAUGGCAGUUUAAUAGUGAUCGUCAGAAAAAUGGAGAGUGAAGAAUGGAACCCCAACCAUUUUGCCAAGUAUUAUUUUCAAGUUUUUCUUGAGGAUGAAGAAGAAAAUUCAUUGUUUAUGGACAGCUGGAUUUAUCUUGACCAAGAAGCAGAUGAGGAACUGUCUUGUGCCAAAGAAUACCAGUCUCCUCAUCAAGAUGUAACAGACAUCACAAAAAAAUUAGGAGAUGGGUGUAAGUUAAGUCAAGCUGAAUCAUGCCCAUGCAACUCAUCAGCAGAAGACAAUCAGCGUAAUUUCCCUGUGACAGUACCUCAUUUUCAAAAUAUCCAUAAAACUUCAAUAGAACAUACACCAAAAGAAGACAGUGCUAGUGAAACAACUUGCACAGAUGUUUCAGAAGUGUGUUCAUCAGAGCCACCUCCUAAGGCUUUAUACAAUAGAACAGAUGUCAGUGAACAUGCUAUGGUUGUGUAUGGUGUAGAAGGUGAAAAUAGUGUCAAAACAUCAGACAGUAGUGUUGUUGAAACACCAGGCACAGUUUCUGAAUCAUUUUUAUCUGUGAUAGCUGAUGAUAUAGGUUUUAAUGAAACCCAUACACAGUCAUCAGAUGUGUGUAGUUCAGGUGAAAAUAUUGCUAAAACAUCUGACAAUUUUGUUACUAGAUCAACUGACAUUGUCUCCAAAUCAGUGUCAUCUGAGGUAGUUGAUGCUGAUAUAGAUAGUGAUGAAACCAAUACAUAUUCUUCAGAUCUCUGCAUUUCAAAAGAUAAAAAUACUGCUGAAACACUUGCUAGUGGUGUUGAUAAAUCAUCAGACAUUAUUUAUAAAUCAUUGUUAUCUGUGACAGCUAAUGAUAUCAUAGACUGUAAUGAAACCAGUACACAUCCAUCACAUAUGUAUUCAAAAGUGAAAAGUAAAUUACCUGACAUCCAUUCUUCCAAAUCAUUCCUGCAUGAGGUAAUGAAUUCUGCUAGAGACUCCAGUGAAACUUACAUGUAUUCUACAGAUAUGUGCAGUGUAAAAGAGGAGAAUAUUAAGGAAACUCCUCACACUCAUGUCUCUAAGACUUCUUCAUCUGAAACAGUUAAAUUUGACAUGGACCCAUUCAUUAAAUCAGAAAGUAAUUGUCCUUCCAAAAGAGAAAUAAAACCAAUCUCUUCUAAGAUUCAAAAGAAGAACUCUUUUGAAGAUAUGGAAGUAACAAUUAUUGAUGAUGAUGAUGAUGAGCCACAAAUAAUUACUUCUGAUGAUGAGGCACCAAUAGUUAUUUCUGAUGACAAGGAUUCUGAUUCCAGUGAUAUUGAAAUAAUAUAUGUUGGAGCACAUCAGUUAUUAAGUGCUUGUACUGCCAUCAAAGAUGAGAAGCCUCCUUUAGACAAGAAAAUCAAACAUGAACAUCAAAAAAAAAAUUAUACUAAUGUUAUUCCAGCAAAUUAUAGUAGUGAUUUAAUGAUAUGUAAGGAAAUCACAGUGUCACAACUCACAACCCACAGACCACAAAAAGCAGUGGAACAUCCAAAGACUUCAAGCAGUUAUUGCUCAGAUGUAAUCCAAGAAAGAAAAAAUUACUCUUCUAAUCCAGAAAUUAUAAAUCUAGAACCAUCAAAACUAGGAAGAAAAAGAAAAAGAAGAGAACACAAAUCUCCUAGGAUUUCUCUCACUAAUGUAGACAGUGUUUUCAUUCCUAAUGAAAAAAAUUUAGUUAGACUUGAACAAAAAUAUGUACAUAAUGACAGAAGUGACUCAUUUAUUAACAUGCAACUCAGAAACUAUUAGAUACAGAAAAAAAUAUAUGAAUAUAUUUAACUACUAUAACAUCUGAUUGAUGACAUAGUUGGUGCUGAAAGUGUAUUUAUUCUUACGAGAAUAAGGUACUCAGUAAUUAACUUUUUUGGUAAAUAAAUUUUAAAUAUUUAGCA